GUGGUGGUCGUCCUGCCGCUCUUCCAGAUCUGGCAGUAUCCGGAGAUUGACGAUUCCAUGGGCACGUGGGCCGAGCUCUUGAACCGCGAUGCCAAUCAGUAUCGACAGGCCUACCUGGCAAACAAUGUGACGGAGAUGCAGUUGACUUCCGCGGCGCUUCAAGCUGAAGUGGUGCGGCUCGGAAACUCCUACGACACGUUCAAGUACGGUCCCUUCCACGUCUGCUACGGAGAUCUCAGUUCAAGCGGAACCUUCUCUUGUGCCUACGAUGUGCUGAGGCUCAACCUCACCAGCAAGUUUUCGAUGCCCGACCGGCGCUCCUCCAUUCGACAGUUCUCCCAGGAGCGGAUCCAAGUCUCGUUCAACCUCGUGGCGCCCAAACAGGAGGAGAGUGCAGCGGGAAUGGGCUUGCUGUGUUUCGUGGUCGUGGUGAUGUGCGUCUUCGGCCUUCUUAUGAGCCAGAGCAUCAGCCAAGUUGCGUUGCUGCCGCUGGAGCGCAUGCUGUCGGUUGUGCGGCAGAGAUGUCAGCAGAUCUUCAAGUACACUACCGACCUCAAGGACGAGGAUGAGUCGGAAGACGAAGACGAAGACGAAUACCAGGAUGUGGAGCACAGCAGUGAGUUCAUGCUCCUAGAGAAAGUCGUGAAGAAACUGGCCGCCAUCGCUCACCUGUCCUCUGCGACCGGGGAGCCGGAAGUCAAGGAGAACAUGACAGAGAACGAGAUCAUGACUCUCAAUUGGCUGCAGGGAGCCAGCAUCGCCAAUGGAAGGAGAGCCAUGGGCGACGAAGAAGACCGAAGCCAGAUGCUUGCGGUGCAGACGCCACGCGGGAAGGAUCUUUCCACGUACACGGCGAAGAUCCCCAUGGGCACCCUCGAGGAGCUCAAUGGACCGGACUUCAACGCGCUGGAUCAGACGUCGGAAAUGAAGAUUGCCAUCGCCACAUACGUGACCUGGGUCCAUGACGGCUGCGCCAAUUGGGUGCGCGAGCACGUGCAAGAGGCGACGAUCUUCAAGUUCAUGUCAGCUGCGGAGGCCAAGUAUCCCUCGGAGAACCCCUUCCACAACUAUUCGCACGGCUUGGACGUCCUCUAUGCAGUCUCGCGCUUCUGCAGGCUGACGAACCUGGAGGCGGUCCUCUCGGAGACAUCGCAGUUUUGGCUGCUCAUUGCCUCCAUCGGCCACGACUUGGGACAUCUGGGUGUAAACAACCAGUUCCUUGUCGAGACCAACCACGAGGUUGCUGUCAAGUACAACGAUCGGUCUCCCCUGGAGAACAUGCACUGCGCGACGCUCUUCCAGGUCGUGAACUCCAGUGCCGAGACAAACGUCUUCGCCAACGUGGACAAGGAGACCUACAAGGACAUGCGCCGGGGUAUCAUCGCAGCUAUCCUCCACACGGAUAUGGUCAAGCACAACGAGAUGAUCAAGGAGCUGUCCUUGCUCUAUCAGAUGAACUCCGAUGCGUUGGAUGCGCUCAAACCGGACGGUGUGGUCCACAGCUCGUCAAGCACCCUGCAGACCAUCCUGAACGCCCUCCUGCACUGCGCAGAUAUCGGGAAUCCCAUGAAGCCAUGGGACAUCUGUUACCAGCUGGCCCAUCUUUGCUUGGAUGAGUUUUUCGCCCAGGGUGACAUGGAGAAAGAGAAAGGCAUCCCCGUCCAGAUGCUCAAUGACAGAGACAAAGUGAACCGGCCGAAUUCACAGGUGGGAUUCAUCGAGUUCGUUAUCGCUCCAAUGGCUGAGUCCAUGAGCAACAUCUUCCCCCAGCUCGACCAGCUCGCCCAUAAUCUGAGCUUCAACGUGCAGACAUGGCUGCAGAUGUGGAUCGAUGAGGCGGCGCCUCCGGAGGAGCAAGCCUCGAAGGUCUCGGAGCGCGUGAAGCGGGUUGUGGCGAGGUGCAAGGCAAGCACGCGCGAAGAGCGGGGAAUUCCGGAAUAG